AUGGAAGCUGGUUUAGGUCCCUCCUUAGAGUCUGGUUUAGGCCCCAGUUGGGCUUUUGACGAGUGGAGUGAGAGGCGUGGCUCUAUCUUUUCCCACGACUUUGAAGACUCCAAUGGUUCCACUGGAUACGGAGAUGCCCUCCCAGGUCCUCGAAAGCCAUGGCAGGACCGCAUGGCAGACCUCGCCCGUCUCGUUACGAAACUUGGGCCAGAUGUCGGCGACAGUGCAUCUGCACCUCUGAUCCACAAGUACAUCGACGCGAUCAACAUUCUCCUUCGUAAUCCGGAACCAGAGUCUCCCAAUCGCUCUCCCGAACGGUCUCCCACUCGGCAUCAAAAGUCCCCCGCUCGGCGUCCUGCAAGUCAAUCUCCAGCUCGUUCUCAACAACUAUCUCCCAAUCGCUCUCCCACUCAAAGCGAUAGAGAGCGUCCAGACUCUUUGCUUGGACUUUCCGAAGACCCGUUUCACCUGAAAGUGCCCUAUUGGCUUGCCGCGGAUCAUGAGGCGCGAGUCAAGGAGAAGAAAGUAUCGACGGAUCUCCAGAGCAUAUUGGAGGAGGUGACAGAAUUGAAUCAGGACUUGCAUCGACGUCAUAGGGAAUCAAUAGAGAUUCGCGAUAUGUUCGAAAAGCGUUGUGCCGACCUAACACGGACGGUGGCCGAGUUGGAGGACGUUCGUGAUAGCUUCGAGAAGCGGUGUGUUCGUUUAACACGAUCUAUAACCGAAUUGGAGGAGAGUAACGUCAUCUCUGAAAAGCGUUGUGUCGAUUUGACACAAAAUGUAACCGACUUAGAGGAGAGCCACGACGAUGCCGAGAAGCGUUGUCUCAGUCUAACACAAAAAGUAGCCGAAUUGAAGGAUAUACGCGAUACCUUUGAGAAGCGUUGUCUCAGUUUAACACAGAAAAUUACCGAUCUGGAGGAUGUUCGUGACAGCUUCGAGAAGCGCUGUCUCAGUCUGACACAAACAAUUACUGAUCUGGAGGAGAUUCGCGAUAGCUCCGAGAAGCGUUGUCUCGGGCUGACACAAACGGUUACCGAUCUGGAGGAUGAAGUGUCAGAGUUGUAA